CGAGUAAGAAUGUGGUAACACGCGUCUAUCCAAACGCGUGGGAGAAAGCCGUAUCCAUCAUCAACGGGAUUUUAAGAUCCAUUUGAGUCAGUGAAAGUGGUGGAAGUGAGAGGAAAGCGUCAUUCUUACGUUUUAUAGCUUCACAGAGUAAAAAAAAAAAGCAAAAGGGAAAAACUCUUUUGAAAGCAAAUCCAUCUUUUUCUAUUUCAACGAACACUCUCUAGUCUCAAGACUCUCAACCAACACUUGUUAAACUGGUGAGUAGAUCAGUUGAAACCUCAAUAAAGAUUAGAAAAGAUAAAACCUUUUAUAGGUCUUAUUGGAGUUUUGUCUCAUCCUGAGAAAUGGGUUCACAGAGCUGGGAUACUGAAAUGGAUUGAAAAGAGCAACCUUUUUCACUUGGCAGGGUUCUUGUCUAGUUGCUUGAGUCUUUUGGUUUGGUUUGGUAGAGAAUUGAAAUAGUAGAAAUGAGAAGAGGUAGAGGGAAAAGAAAGAGGCAGAAUGCUUCCGCUAGAGAAGAUGGUGAUGAAGAAGAAAAGAUUCCAGCUUACAGGAGAAGAGGGAGGCCACAGAAGCCGGUGAAAGAUGAAACCGAAGGAGAAGAAGAAGAGAUUGUGGAGAAGGAUGAAGAUACAAACGGUUUAGUAACAAGCAAAGAAGAUGUGACAGAGAAUGGGAAGAAGCCAGUAGAAGAGUCUAAAGAGAGUAAUGUAACAGAAGAAGAGAAUGUGUUAGGAUCAAAAUCAAGCACUGAUGAUUCAGUGAAGUCAUCGUUGUCUACGGGGUUUAGACAGAUUGGGAGUAGGAGGAAGAACAAACCAAGACGAGCUGCGGAAGCUGUUGUUGAAUGUAAUGGUGUUUGAAGAAAGAGGUUCUUGAAACGCUUUUUAAAACCGCACUUUUUGUUUUGUUUUUGUUGACUUGAAUCACCUUUUGCUGUUAGGACCUGAGUUUGUUGCGGUUGCGUUUUGGUUUCAUACAAGGAAUCAGAUUUAUCAA